ACAUACGCCUGGCAGUCAACACAGCAAAAAGCAGCUGAAAUCCUCUCUGCAAUCCGCUUAGUUUUGUACAAUAACAAAUAAAAACGGAACGGCAGUGGCAAGAAAAAACGAAUAUAAACGAGAUUCCCAGUUGAAAAUGGCGAAGGCACAAAGGCUGGGGGAUUUCCCAAGGCAAGCCGCACUGUGCUGCGUGGUGCUGGCCGUGUGCGGGGCCGCUGCGGCCGGGCAGAUUCGCUACUCGAUCCCCGAGGAAAUGCAGAAAGGCUCUUUCGUGGGCAACAUCGCGCAGGACCUGGGGCUGGAGGCCAAGGCGCUGUCUGAGCGCGGCGUGCGCGUGAUUUCCAGAGGUAGGACGCAGUAUUUCGCUUUGAAUGUAAAGAGCGGCCAUUUAAUCACGGCGGAGCGGCUAGACAGGGAGCAGCUGUGCGGCCGGGCCGAGAAGUGUGUCAUCAAUUGUGAGAUUAUUGCAGAGGACAGAAUGGAAGUUUUCAUAACUGAAGUCGAACUCACAGAUGUGAAUGACCAUGCCCCGAGCUUCCAGGAGGGGAAGCUGGAGUUCAGGAUCAGUGAGACAACUGCCGUGGGAACACGGUAUAGUCUGGAAGAGGCGCAGGAUCCGGAUGUGGGGAUUAACUCUAUCCGGGACUACCAGCUGAGCAGCAACGAGCACUUCUCUCUGGAUGUGCAAGCGGGAGCUGCUGGGGACAAAUACCCCGAGUUGGUGCUGGAGAAGCCCCUGGAUCGAGAAGAGCAGGCUGCUCACGACCUCAUCCUCACAGCCACUGACGGCGGAGAUCCGGUCCGCUCCGGCACGGCGCGGAUCCACGUGGUGGUGCUCGAUGCCAAUGACAACGCGCCCGUGUUCAGCCAGACGCUCUACCGCGUGAGCGUGCGGGAGAACGUGCCCGUGGGCUCCGCGCUGCUCACAGUUAACGCCACGGACGCGGACGAGGGGCUCAACGCUGCAGUCGCCUACUCGCUGCGGAAGACGAAGGACAAAGCGUCUGAGACCUUCCAGGUGGACUCUCGAACGGGAGAUAUCGUGACGGUGGGGACUCUGGACUACGAGGAAGAGGCCGUCUAUGAAUUGGAGGUUCAGGCAAGGGACAGUGGAGACCUCUGGGCCCGGGCAAAAGUACUGGUGACUGUCCUCGACGUGAAUGAUAACGCACCCCAGAUCACAGUCACCUCUGCUGUCAGCUCCAUCAGUGAAGACAGCCCGCCAGGGACUUUGGUAGCGUUAAUACAUUUAGAGGAUCCGGAUUCUGGCAGGAACGGGGAGAUCAUGUGCUCCAUCCCGGACCACGUCCCCUUCCGGCUCCAGAAAUCCGUGGACAACUACUACAGCCUGGUGACGGCCAGGGACCUGGACCGGGAGCAGGUGGCGGAUUACAACGUGACGGUCACGGCCCGGGACCGCGGGGCGCCGCCGCUGUGGUCCGCCACGACGAUCGCCGUGCAGGUGUCGGACGUGAACGACAACGCGCCGGCCUUCAGCCAGGCGGCCUACAGCGUGUGGGUGAGCGAGAACAACGCCCGCGGCGCCUCGGUGUUCUGCGCGCGGGCGGCCGACGCGGACUGGGGCGACAACGCCCGGGUGACGUACUGGCUGGCGGAGGGCGAGCUGCAGGGCGCGCCGCUGUCGUCGUGGCUGUCGGUGCAGGCGGAGAGCGGCGCGGUGCAUGCGCUGCGCGCCCUGGACUACGAGCAGGUGCGCGAGAUCCGCUUCGCCGUGGAGGCGCGGGACGGCGGGUCGCCGCCGCUGCGCAGCAGCGCCUCGGUCACGCUGCUGGUGCUGGACCAGAACGACAACCGGCCCGAGAUCCUGUACCCGGCGGCGCCCCGCGACGGCUCGACGGGCGUGGAGCUGGCGCCGCGCUCGGCCGAGCCGGGCUACCUGGUGACCAAGGUGGUGGCGGUGGACGCGGACGCGGGGCAGAACGCCUGGCUGUCGUACGAGCUGCUCAAGGCCAGCGAGCCGGGGCUCUUCGCGCUGGGCGUGCACACGGGCGAGAUCCGCACGGCGCGCGCCCUGGGCGACAGGGACGCGCUCAAGCACCGCCUGGUGGUGGGCGUGCGGGACAACGGGCAGCCGCCGCUGUCGGCCAGCGUCACGCUCACGGUGGCCGUGGCCGACAGCAUCCCCGAGCUGCUGGCCGACCUGGGCAGCCUGGCGGCGCCGGCGGCCGAGGCGCAGGCCAGCCUCACCUUGUACCUGGUGGUGGCCGUGGCCGCCGUGUCGUGCCUCUUCCUCGCCUUCCUCAUCGUGCUGCUGGGCCUGCGGCUGCGCCGCUGGCGGCAGGCGCAGCUGCUGGGCUCGGCCGGCGGCGCCCUGGCCGGGGUGCCCGUCUCGCACUUCGCGGGCAUCGACGGCGUCCGCGCUUUCCUGCACUCCUACUCCCAGGACGUGUCUCUCACGGCCGGCUCCAGGAAGAGCCAGUGGAGCUUCGGCCCGCCCAGCUCUGCCGGCACCCUGGCUCGGCCGCCGGCGGGACAGGGCAAGGAGCCUGCCCCGGUGGUUGAGGACUCAAAUAUGUGUGAGGCGGACCAGGCUGCGCUGCAGGUGAGCCGACGUUUUUGUACCGGAAAAAGAAAGACGCUGGGCAACACUCUCCAGGGAAUGGCAAUGGAAACACGGCAAAAACACAGCGGCCAGGCGGCAGAGUGGCAAGUGCUCUCCUUUCCCUUCUUGCUGUCUCUGCUCUGCGGGGCGGUCUCGGCGCAGAUUCGCUAUUCGGUCCCCGAGGAAAUGCCCAAAGGCUCCCUCGUGGGCAAUCUCGCCAAGGAUCUGGGGCUGACUGUGCGAGAACUGGCUGAUCGCAGGCUCCGGGUUGUCUCUGCAGCCAGAAGACAAUACUUCACGGUGAAGGGUGAAAACGGGAACCUGUACGUGAGUGACCGGAUAGACCGGGAGGACAUCUGCGGGAAGGCCCCGCUCUGCGCUCUCGCUUUCGAAGCCGUGGUGGAAAAUCCACUGAACGUUUUCCACAUCAACGUCGACAUCCAGGACAUCAACGACAACGCGCCGCGCUUCCUACGAGAUAACAACACACUGGAGAUCAAUGAAUUGACGCUGCCAGGAGCCCGCUUCUCGCUGGGAAAUGCCCAGGACCCGGACGUGGGCUCCAACUCCCUGCAGAGUUACCAGCUCAGCUCCAACGCCAACUUCGUGCUGGAGGUCAGGGAGAGCCAGGACGGCAACAAGUACGCGGCGCUGGUGCUGCAGAAGCCUCUGGAUCGGGAAAGGCAGCCCGGGCUGCACUUGGUCCUCACGGCAGUGGACGGGGGGCAGCCCGCCAGAACCGGCACGGCUCGCGUCUGGGUCAACGUCACCGACGCCAACGACAACGCGCCCGUCUUCACCCGGGACGUCUACAAGGGGCGCGUGCGGGAGGGCGCCCCCGCGGGCUCCCUCGUGCUCCAGCUGAACGCCUCGGACAGCGACGAGGGCGCCAAUGCGCAUGUCACCUACGGGUUCAGCAACACACUGGAAACCGCGGGCCAGAAAUUCAGCCUGGAGGCGGAAACGGGGAGGAUCACGGUGAGGGAGCCGCUGGACUUCGAGGAAACAGCAGCCUACACUUUGGAAGUGGAGGCAAAGGACGGCGGCGGCCUGGUGACCCACUGCAAAGUGGAGAUCGAGGUUGUGGACGAGAACGACAAUGCGCCCGAGGUGACCUUCACCUCCGUGUCCAGCCCCGUCCCCGAGGACUCCCAGCCCGGCACCGUGAUCGCGCUGAUCAAAGCACGAGACCGAGACGGUGGAGGUGACAGCGAAGUCACUUGCCGCAUUCCGGACAACCUGCCCUUCAAGCUGGUGUCGUCCUCCAAGAACUACUACAAGCUGGUGACGGCCGGCGCCCUGGACAGAGAGCGCAGCCCCGACUACAACGUCACGGUCACGGCCACGGACAAGGGCGCUCCGCCGCUCGCCACGACCCAGACCGUCCGGCUGCAGGUCUCGGACGUCAACGACAACGCGCCGCUCUUCGAGGAAGCGUCGUACAGCGCCUACGUGGCGGAGAACAACCCGGCGGGGGCCUCGCUUCUCCGCGUGCGAGCCUCGGACCCCGACCUGGGCCGCAACGGCCGAGUCACCUACUCGCUGGUCAGCCCCGGCGGCGGCAGCGGCGGCGGCGGCGGGGACAGGAGCGCGGCGGGGGCGCCGGCCUGGGCCCACGUGUCGGUGCAGGCGCAGAGCGGGGCCGUGGUGGCGCAGCGCUCCUUCGACUACGAGCAGCUGCGCGAGCUGCGGGUGGAAGUGGAGGCGCGAGACGGCGGGUCGCCGGCGCUGAGCAGCAGGGUGACGGUGCGCCUGUUCAUCCUGGACCGGAACGACAACGCGCCCGAGAUCCUGUACCCCGCGCCGGGCGCCGUCGAGGUGGUGUCCCGCUCGGCCGCGGCGGGCUGCCUGGUGACCAAGGUGGUGGCGGUGGACGCGGACUCGGGCCACAACGCCUGGCUGUCGUACGAGCUGGUGGCGGCGGCCGAGCCGGCGCUCUUCACGGUGGGGCUGCGCAGCGGCGAGGUGCGGACGGCGCGCGCCCUGGCCGACGGCGACGGCGCCCGGCACCGCCUGCUCGCCGUGGUGAAGGACAACGGGCAGCCGCCGCUGUCGGCCACGGCCACGCUGCAGGUGGUGGUGGCCGAGAGCGCGCGCGAGGCGCUUCCCGAGCUGGCCGAGGCCGAGGCCGAGGCGGCCGGGGCCUCGGACUCGGCGGCCGCCCUGCAGUUCUACUUGGUGCUGGCGCUGGCUCUCGUCUCCUUCCUGCUCCUCCUGGCCGUCGCCCUGGCCGUCCUGGGCAGACUGCGAGAGGUAACGAUUAACCGCCUUUGGUACUCUUUUUCAGCUCCGGAAUGGAAGGCAGGUCCCAAACAGAAACCCAGGUACAGAGAGAGGUCUGUACCUUACAGCUACAACCUGCAUUGGGACUCAACUUUUUCAACAGGGAGCAAGGAUUCUGAAAAUAACUGAAAGGCAACAUAUAGAAAGGAUUUUCUGUUCUAGAAAGACUUCUGAAUAUCUGAUGUCCAGCAGUAAUUCAGCUCCCUGAGACUCACAGCUUGCAAUCCAUACAGGUCAGGAGGAAAGAAUGUGCAGCUUGCAGUAGUUAUUGGCCUCAGUUUUACAGGUCAGGGCUAGAUAUUUUAACAUAGAACAUUGAUGUUAGAGAAAACUUUUGCUUUAUAACGUUUAUAUGCAGAGUUUUUAACUGCCAUCAUGUCUGGUGUGGCAGUCACUCAGGUUAAAGGAUUAUCCUUCCAAUGGAUCAAGUAAGGGUUGUAAAUGUGUGUUGGUGGCUAAGAAGGCCAGUCCUAGAGCUGAAGAAUCUCUGACAAAUGCUACAGGUGAUGGUUAAAAGGAGGGUUGGAGCACAGCUUUCUCUGUCGUUUUUCCUUUCCUUCCAUUUCUGUCUUUUUUUGCCUCCAGAGCAAGAUGGUUUUCCUCAAAGAUGUACCUUUUCUCAAAAGGCAUUGCCAUGUAGCCCUUUCCCAGGCUAGUUUUUCCCAAUUUGUGGUGUCAAUGCCACACUUGUAAAUGUUAACCUUGAGAGUGUCUUUAAAGCAUUUCCCCUGCU